UCCCGGUUGAAGGUUAGUAUGAACGAAGGGACGCCUCAAAGCGUAAUGUCGGAGUCUAAUAAGCUCAACGGCUCGCUGCGGAGACGGUCACCGCGGUUGAGUUCUCCUUCUCAGGCUAACAUACAAACAGACAAAAAAAUGGCGACGGCGGCUGUCUGCGUUAAACGCUCCAUAACUGUGAGGAAAAUAGCUCCCAGAAAAACAGUCGCACCGUCGGAGCAUAACAAGGAGAACACGCCGAGACGGUCGGGAUCGGAAGGCGACCAGCAGAAAAAGCAGAAGGUCUCCACUCCAGGUCCAGCCCCGGACUGUGGUGGCUCCUCCUCGGCUAAGAAGAAGAAGAAGAAGGCCGCUAUGCCCUCACCGAUCCUCCCAUCCUCACCACCGCCCUCUCGUCCCCAGGAGCCGGCGGUGGAUCCAGAGGACGCAGUGUGGUCGCAAAAAGUGCGCCGGUCCUACAGCAGGCUCAGCGACAACUCGUUCAGCAGCCCUGACUCCCGUGAGACUUUAUUUGGCUUUGAAAAGCUGCAGACCCCCGAGGUGGUCCAUAGAGUCCGGCCGCCCAAGAGAGGUCUGGAGGCCUUAGGGUCCUUGUCUUGUCUGAACUCUUUCACGUCUUUGCUCGAGGCGGAUGACCGUGGUUCAGCUUUCCCCGAGCCGGACCCAAACAUCCCUGGAGUGGCUGUGGUGAGGGAGAAGAGGAGGAGGAAGAAGGUCCAGCAGAUAGACACAAUAGAGCUGGACACACUGGCUGCAGAGAUGAACGCAAUGUUUGAGGAGGCAGAGGAGUUUCAGCUGGUCGUGGAGUAAAAUACUGAGACUGAAAGUCCUGGACCGACUGAAGGACUCUCUUAUGGCAUGCUGUUUCUGUCAAUGACAUGCUGAAAAAACACUGACUCCUGGUUUGUUUCAUACUCAGAAAGAAAAGCUUUCAUAUAUUUCAAGUUUUUAUUGUAAAUGUUGAUUUUUCGGAGGUUUUUAUGUUUGGUUGUUCAUUUAAAUGCUCUUAAUGUGGUUGAUUUGCUCUUUAUCUGGAUAGUAUGGUCACACAUAGGUAUUGUUUUGAUUUAAAAAUGUCCAGUAGACAAGUGAACCAAAAGCAUGUUCUUUCUUUUUGUUAUAAUUAAAACCUUUUAUAUAGAUUAUCUUUUAGAGCUGAAACAAUUAAUCAAUCAGUCAACUGACAGAAAAAUAAUUGGCAACUAUUUUAUUAAUUGAUUCAUCAUUUCAGUCGUUUUCAAGGAAAAAAAAGUUUUAAAAAUGCCAAAUAUUCUCUGAAUAGGAUGAUUUGCUGCUUUUUGAUAUAUAUAUAUAUAUAUAUAUAUCACAUCAGAUCAUUAUAAACUGAGUAUUUUGGGGUUUAAAGAAAUUUAAAGGUGUCACACUUUGACUCUGCAUGAUGGUAAUUUCUUUUUGACAUUUCCUAGACUGAAAAAGUAGUCAAAACAUAAUCGGAAGAUUGAUUGAUAAUGGAAAUAAUCGUUACCUUUACCUUUUGUUUGUCUUGCCGACUUGGUAUGAUAAAACAGCAUUUUGUUUGUUUUUAUUAAAUGGGCUUUGACUGUGUUAAUUGUCUUCACUUAUUCGUCACAAACUGGUUGUGCAGAAGAUACAUAGAGGGAAAACGUGACGAUUGCAGGACUGGUAUGAUCUGAAUGCUUCACAGACAAUUCUUUAUCAGGAGUUUCUACCCUUAUACGUUGAAAUGGAAUUUUGUUUCUCUUCAUUGUUCGUUUUAUUUUAAUUGCUGAAAAACAACAUAAAUGUCAGUAGCCAUUCAGAGGUCUGCAACCAGCUUACAUCCCUUUAAUUAUGUGUUUACAUUCACAUUUGACUUACUCAGAAAUCCAGAUUAACACUGUAAAACAGCGCCUUUCAAUGUUGUUGUUGGGCUGUCAUCACACAUCUGUGCAUAAGCAUAAAAGAAAACCUGUCAUUGUUUUUUUUGACUGUUCAUGUAAAUAAAUACUCACUCAAUUAAAAUUGCCAGUAGAUAUUUUGA